AGGCCUCACCAUGAACCGAGUCUUAUUAGCUUGCAGGAAACUUUAAUCCUAUAAGUAUUUUCGGUUUAUAACUGGUAUUUAAAAAGUCCAAACGGCGAUCAGACGAGCGUUCUGACAUCAAGAAAAAAAAGAGAUUCCUACUAACGCCGCCAUCAUCGUAGAAACGAGCCACGAGGACACACAUUCACCACUACACGCAGGACGUUGGUGUUUCCGGCAUGCCUAGGAGCCCACGACAUAAAAUACUGCAAAGUCUUCAAGGCGAAAUCGACAACAAAACGCCUAGAACUGGCAAAAAGGGCAUCACUAUGCACAAAUUGCCUAGGCAAAGGACAUUCUAUUACCCAAUGUCUCGGGUGUUCGUGUCGCACAUGCGGACAACGACACCACUCCUUGCUCCAUCGAGAACCGACCCACGUCAGUUCGAGGGUAUCAAGCGGUAGUUCAUCGAGCGGUCGGUCUUCUGGUGGUCGGUCAUCUAGUGGUCGGUCAUCGAGCAGUCUGUCGUCGAGCUGGCGGUCUUCGAGUGGUCGUUCAUCGGACGACCGAUCCUCUAACAGCAUCACCUGGAUCAACGAUAUCGCAUUCGUCACGUCAGUCGAGACGGACCACAGAAUCAAAGCGGAAAUCGCCUCCUUCAUCUCUAAAAGGUAGGAAAUCCCUUCCUCAACCCGACUCACGAUCAUCACGAACCAAAUACAGCGGAUCCAACUCAAUGUCAAAUCCUACCCGAUCAGAAAACAAGUGACUAGGAGAUACGACGUCGGCAAAAGCGACCGAUUUAAUCAACACAUCUCCACACGCCAUACUGCAUCAUGAUCUGUUGGUCACAGCACAAGUCAACAUUUUAGAUAAGAGGGCACAACCAAUCCGAGCCAGAGCUUUUAUAGACACUGGAUCCAGUAUGAACCUCAUGACCGAAGAGUUCGCAGAGUCCCUCGGUAUAAAGCGAAAGAGAUGCGCGGUCCCAAUCGGUACCCUCGAUAACUUAACCACCAUCGCGAAACGCCACAUCACGGCAACGCUUACUUUCACUGAUGACGCAUACGAAUGGACAUUGUCGUUCCUGGUCAUACCUACCAUAUCAACCCUGAUCCCUAACCAACGCAUCGAUCGCUCGCUCCUUGACAUACCGAGGAAUCUCAGAUUAGCCGAUACACGAUUCCACAUACCUGCCCCGAUCGAUGUAUUAUUAAGCUCGGGUUCAACACUUGCGUCGAUGUGUGUCGGGCAAAUAAUCCUAACGAAACCGGACGAGCCUGAACUACGACUUCAGAAGACACGAUUCGGUUGGGUAAUCGGGGGGAGUCCAACUUCCCAAACCGCGACAAGUACCUUCCACGCAUCCACUACGGCUCUACAAGCUGACGUCAAGCGGUUUUGGGAAAUCGACGAAGGACAGCCCACAACACACCUUUCGGAGUCCGAACGACAAUGCAAAGAGUACUUCAGGAACCACGUCCAACGUACCAGAGAAGGACGCUGCAUCUUAUCCCUGCUGUUCAACGAGAGGCUUCAUUCUCUCGGAUCGUCGAAGGCCGCUGCAAUGAGCAAGCUCACUUCUCUCCAUCGCCGUUUCCAACGCGAUAUACCAUAUGAAGGCGCGUAUAGUACUGUAAUACAAGAGUGUUUAGACUUGGGUCACAUGACGAAGAUUAACACUGAUCACUCCACUAAACACGGGUAUUAUCUACCACACCACGGCGUGAUCAAGGAAUCGAGCGACACCACUAAACUCCUGGUUGUAUUUGACGGAUCAGCAUCAUGUACCACCGGAGUUUCAUUAAACGACACCUUGCACACCGGACCAAAAUUGCAGGAGGAUUUGUUCGAUAUUCUACUGAGAUUCCGCUUUCACCAGUACGUACUAACUGGCGAUGUGGAGAAAAUGUAUCGACAGAUCCUAAUACGCCCAGAAGAUAGGAAAUAUCAACAAAUUCUGUGGCGCAAUUCCAACGGUGAAGUUGAAACAUAUCAACUUAACACUGUGACGUUUGGGUUAUUAGGAGCUCCAUACUUGGCCCUACGGAGCCUUAAACAGCUGGCAGACGACGAGGGACACCGAUUCCCACGAGCGUCAUCGAUACUACAGCGCAAUUUCUACGUCGAUGACGCCCUCACCGGAGUUGAUACGAAGGAAGAGGUACUGUCGAUAAGAAAGGAGCUCAGCGACCUUCUGCAAUCAGCCGGCUUCAACAUUAAAGAAUGGGCUUCAAACGAUCCGGGCAUACUUAAGGGGCUAUCCGAACAAGACAAAUGCAGGAAGUUACAAUUGGGUGAUUCUCAAACCCUAAAAACACUCGGGGUUUUUUGGGAUUCCCAGGUUGACGCAAUCCUUUAUGCGGUCGAUGUCCUAGCCAAGCUCCCACGGGUUACAAAGCGAUCAAUAAGUUCCGUGAUAGCCAGAAUUUAUUAUCCAUUAGGAUUGCUCGCGCCAGUCAUCAUUCGAGCAAAAAUCAUUUCGCAGCGAGUCUGGUUACUAAAGAUCGACUGGGAUGAAUCACUUCCCGUAGUCCUGCAGUCUGAAUGGAACCGGCACUUUAGCCAAUUGGCAUUGAUCAGCAAUAUUCGGUUUCCGCGCAAAACUGUAAGACCAGCAGACAUUAAGAUGGAACUCCACGGCCUUUGUGAUGCCAGCGAGAAGGCUUACGGAACUUGCGUCUAUCUCCGUACCGUUAGUUCCGCCGGCACCAUCCAAACCCGUUUGUUCACCGCAAAAUCAAGGGUCGCUCCACUCAAAACGCUGACCAUUCCACGAUUCGAAUUAAGCGGAGCACGCCGUCUGGCUUCCUUGAUUUCAUCAGUCCAGAAGGCCUUAACGAUCAAGAUCUCUCAAAUCGUAUAUUGGACCGACUCCACCAUAGUGAUCCAGUGGAUCAAGUCCUCGCCGCAUAUGUUAAAAACAUUUGAGGCGAACCGAGUGGCAGAGGUACAAACCAAGACCAACAUCUCCGACUGGCGCCAUGGGUCUACAGCCGAUAAUCCAGCGGAUCUCAUUUCACGAGAUCAGAUGCCCAAGGAGUUCCUGCGUCCGUCCAUUUGGAAAAAUGGACCAGAGUGGCUCCAGCAAAUCGAAGCACUCAUUCACUUACAAUGCAUUCAUUUUUCGAAGGAGAUUCGCACACUCCAGAAAGAUCCGAACACGGCCGUGGGAGGGAAACUCCAACGUCUAAAUCCUUUCCUCGACAAUGAAGGGAUAUUACGAAUCGGAGGACGCCUCAAUAACUCCCCGAUACCAUUGCAUCAAAAAUAUUUAAUCAUUUUGCCGAAAUCAUCGGUGACUGAGCUCAUCAUUGACCAGGUGCAUCGACGUAACCAUCAUUCAGGGACCCAGGCCACAUUAUACGUGGUUAGACAACGUUACCGGCUUGUCGACGGCCGAAGCCAAGUAUGGCGCACGAUCAAAAGGUGCGUCUGUUGUUGCAGAACUAAUCCACCAUCAGUAGGGUACCUAUUGGGAGAUCUGCCAGAGUCACGUAUCACCGAGUCGCGGCCCUUCACCAACAUCGGAAUUGAUUCUUGCUGCCCGUUCUACAUCAAGGAGAUCCCGUCUCUACGGGAUCACAAUCGCCGAAAGGUCAAGGUGGAACACGCUCACCAACAUACGGGAAGGAGAUCUCAGGACAACACAACCAAGCCGGUUAUCUAGUUGGCAACGUAUCCGCCAACUUAAACAGUAUUUCUGGAGCCGAUGGUACCGCGAAUAUAUCAACAAGUUAACCAGUCGUAACACAAGGGAAAACAUGACAUUCGUGAAGGUACUAUCGUAAUUCUCCGAGAGGAUAACGUCCCAUCUAUGCAAUGGCCCUUGGGUCGCGUAAUUAAGGUGCACUCAGGAGCCGAUGGAAUUAUACGAACAGCCAUGGUGAAGACAGCAACGAGUAUCCUGGAUCGCGGCGUCAAACGGCUGAUUCCACUGCCCUGUCAACCCGAACCAGAGAAACCCGGACAAUCACGAUCAUCGAAGAAGACGGAUGAAAGGCGCAUCUGAUACCAUCCAUAGAAUUUUUUUCGGUGCCCUCUCAACGGGGGGAGGAUGUUACGUCGCGUGAAAAGGUCCGCGCGACGUCCGUCAUUGUCUGACCGUCAAGGCCCAGCCUGUAUUAGC